UUCCACCCCGGGGCGCUGGGCAAGUCGGCGGAGAGUAGCGGCGAGCAGAGCGGCGACGAGGAGGACGGCUUCGAGGCCGGGGUGAAGGGCGGCGCGGCCUUCGAGCGAGAGGGCAAGCUGAAGGGGGGAGCCCUGGGCAAGAAGCCCAAGGAGCAGCGCUCGCUGCGCCUCAGCAUCAACGCGCGGGAGCGGCGGAGGAUGCACGACCUGAACGACGCCCUGGACGGGCUGCGCUCCGUCAUCCCCUACGCGCACAGCCCCUCGGUGCGGAAACUCUCCAAAAUCGCCACCCUGCUCCUGGCCAAGAACUACAUCCUCAUGCAGGCGCAGGCCCUGGAGGAGAUGCGGCGGCUGGUGGCCUACCUGAACCAGGGCCAGACGCUGAGCACCCCGCUGCCCGCCACCCUCAACCCCUUCGGACAGUCGGCCGUCUACCCCUUCGGCGGCGCGGCCUUGCCCGGCUGCCCCGAGAAAUGCACUGCCUUCACAGGAGCCGCCUCCGCCCUCUGCAAACACUGUAAUGACAAGCCUUGACUUCUGGCUUCUUCGGGCUUUUUUUGGGUUUAUUUUCUUUCUUUUUUUUUUUUUUUUUUUUUUCUCCGUGCACUUUUCUUUCCACUGCCAUCAGCCCUGGCUUCCUACCAUCAGUUAAGUCUGGGUUUUCUUUUUGUUUGCUUCUCUUAAACACCCACCCCCCUCCCCGUACCCCAUUUGGAAAUAUUUGGCAGUUUGCGUGGACCCCAAAAACACCCACUUUCAACUUUGUUUAGUUACCCCCCACAUGCAACUUCAUCUGUCGAGUUAUUUCCUUCCCAGCCUGUUAGUGGACUGUGAGCAAAAUGUUGCUUUUCUGCCUGCUUUAAUCUACAAACUUUUUGAGCAGUUUUUUAAACUAAACGAUAGAAAAACAGGGAGGGAGAGAGAUCUGGAUGUAGAAGCCUCAGUGAGUUUUCUUUGGAAUGAUUGACCUGUGUUAAAAAUAGCUUAAAGGGAUGGGGGGGGAGCAAAAUCCAGCUGCAAAAUUAUGCAAUGUUUUGGAAUCAUGGGAAGGGGGUGUCCUGUGUAGCCAGCUGGGGUUGGACUGCAUCUGCAAAUCCCAAUAAAAAUGACAUUCAGUCAGCUCAUGGGAGGGGGGAAGUUUGGUGCUCUUGAUAAAACAAUAGAUGCUUCAAAAUAAGAUGCUUUUUUGCUCUUUAAAAAAAAAGGAGGAAAAAAAAGAAAAAAAUAUAACCCGUUCUUGAACUGAGAGGAACCUGUGAUUGUAUGCUAAUGCUUGCUUUUUGCCUGUUUCUCAGCUUGGUUAAGUUUUCCAGAUGAUUUUUCCAAAGUCAUUGAUCAUCAUGAUAAAGCAAAAGGUCACUUAACAUAUUUAUAUGUAUUUAUAAUAAAUAAAAGACAUGAAUAACCACUUUCUCUGUCCUACAUGUCUCUAAAACCAGCUGGCAAUCAAAGCAAAACCCCUGGUGAAGUAAGGUAAAGCAGAGACGGACGGAGCAGUCCAUGGCAGAGGAGCAGUUUUGUGAAGUUAGGUGAAUGAUCGGGAUACCUGAAAAAAAACCUUGUGGACAUUCAGCUCCUUAUCAGCAGGGAUUUGGGUUUCUUUCUCCAGUUUCUCAUGAAUCGUGAGCACACAAAAAACCCCACUGUUUAUGUCUGGCAUUUGGAGUGAAGUAGGUAGAGAUUUAGCUUGUGUGUUUUGACACUUGCUGGAGAAUGCUGUGCCCCGAAACUGGUGUUUGGAAGGGGUUAUUGUAGCAUCGAGCUCAGCUCUGAGGGCACCCGUGUAAAACAUGGCAGGGAAGGAAAUUGCUUAAAGACUCUGCUUAUCCCUUCGACUUAGUUUUCUGUUAUAUCUACAGCUUGACCCUAGACCUACAUGUGGGGUUUGGGCCACUUAAUAUCAUGACUAAACUAAUAAUCUCUUGCCAAGUAUUGACUGUGUUAGUACAAAGUUACAAAGCGAGUCCCUCGCUGGCUAAGUUUUUGAUGUUGCUUGUGUUGGUUUACUUUGGUUUUCUGGUUUAUGAUGUUUAACGCUUUGGUGCCUUGUAUGCUUCACUAGUCAUUAUAUAAUAACAAUAAUUGAGGUGCAUUCAGUGAUUUCUAUUCAGAUUGGAAUACCCACCCAAUGUCAGAGCAACUGCGUAAACUGGUACAGUUGCAGCCUGAGGGGCUGGAGCUGUCCAUGGCCAUUUGUGUUAGGAGUGGGGUGUAACUAUUUAGGGUUAUUAAACCAAUUUCCAUGCCUGUCGCUAGUGUUAUGCUAAUUUGAAAAGGACUGCCAUCCCUCUAAAGCUGUUUGUCUGUGGCACUUAAUUUUAAUUAAUACAUUUCCAAAAGACUUUUUGUGUUUGGAAAAUGAAGUGUGUGAUUAAGCCUCGUUUAUAAAGACAUAUGUUUAAAACUGGUUCCUGCUCAUUUCCAUUUUUAUAUCUUCAUUUCUUCUUCUUUUACAGAAUAGUUUUACAGAGCAGUUUAUCUGUUGUACCUUUUUCCAUAAAAGAAAUCUUGAAAAUACUGUUAAAAGGCACCUGACGCAGUGAAAGCCGACCAAAACCACUACUGAAGCAAAAAUGACUGGAAACUGCAAAUCAGCAAAGGUCAUUUAAAAUUUUGCAGACUGAGUUGUUGCUAGAUAAUAUUUGGGGAAAAAAAGGUCAGUUUAACAGAAAAUCAUGAUCUUGAGGUAAAUGUUUAUUACGUCUGGUUAAAAUUAUAGAAGAUUGAGCAUUUGGGAAUAUUUAAAUGGAGAUUAGUUAACUGUUCAUUUUUCACCAAAACUAAAAUAGUUGGGAGAAUAAAAUAUUUAACAGCUUAAUAUUAAAUAUGAGUUUGGUUUGGUUAAAGACUUAAACUGAUAAUAAUGGAAUUUAUAAUUGCUUCUUUCUCAAUUAUGGCAAAAAAGAGUGACUCACCGAUUUCAGAGCCCAGAAAGUCUUCUUAGUCUUAGAGACAAGCUAUUUUUGGAACAAUGAUUUUUAGUACAGGGAUUGUUUAAUUCUUCUCCUAUAACUGACAUGAGUAAAAAGCUUGCUUAUAUUGCUGUAUCUAUGCAGAAUCCUAAAAAUCCACCUUCUCAGAGUCCUUGAAAUAGUCAGAAGGUUCUUUGAGAGCCCACUUUAAUUUAAACUAUCUCAUGAGGCUAAAUGUGGAAUUUCGAAUACAGAAGAUAAAACCUGCAUUAAAGAAAAUUGUGAUAGAAAAAUUAGCAAGCUUAAGUAUCUAAGUACUGUUAAAAGGCUAGGUAUUCAAACCAGAAAUGUAGACUUUAUCAAAGCAAUGCUAGAGGAACGUGUAAAUUGUGGUUGAAAUCGACCUUAAAGUACAGGUUUUUUAAUUCAAAAGUAAAAUGAAGUCCACUCAUAACUUUUCCUGCAGCAAACGAUAUUAAACUAGAAGUUGGCUAACUUCUCCGUUAAUCUGAAAGUUCAGUCCUGUGAGUUGCUUCUCGCCACCACAGACUUGUAGGAUUUUAACUCUUCUCAUGGGGUUGAAACCCGUACCGAGUCCUUCGCAUGUCCCGUUGACAGGACAGCAUUCAUUUCGGUGUGAUUUACACUUUGUGCUGAGCUGCUGCUAAAACUGCUGCCAAGCCAAUGCCUAAUAGCACUGCAAAGAUGAUUUUUGUUGGGAGCAUCUGAUCUCUGCAUUUGUGUGUGUGUGCAGCAUCAGUGCUAACCUUGCAGAUGUGCAUGGUUAUCCAGGGGAUAAAAUCCUGUAACUUGUCAUUUGUUUUGCCCCUUCUCUGGUAUAUGAAAAAAAAAAAAAAAAAAAUUGUGCACCAUGUAAGGUUUUAAGUGUCUGCUUCUGGUUGGUGUUUCAGAGAAUAUAAAGGGAGGACUUCAAAAUGCUGAAUAUCUUUUUUUUUUCUCCUCGGAUAUUCUUGUUAAUGAUGCCUGCUUUUUUUUUCCAAGAAGGAUUUAUGGUGUAUGCUCAGAUGGAACUGAAAUACAGAUCAUGUGUUCUAAUGUACUCAUUAUCCUGGUAUGUUCAUACUUUGACGAAAACAUAAUGCCAACUUUUAAUUAAAGAUGAUAUAUUGUUUUCUAA